AUGUCUACUUUUCUAAAGAAGAAGCUACACCUCUGCUUCUCCUCCUCCGGUGUUGUCUCACCGUCGAUUCCUUCUUCCCCGAUCGUCGUACCCAAUCACAACCCUCCAUCUCAUCACCACCACACUCCCUCUCUCUUCAUCAACAACUUCAACUCUCUCUACGAUCACCUCUCUGUUUCCUCUCCUCUCCACCGCAACGAUAAUUUCACCUCCGUCGCCGCCGCAUUGACCACUCCCAAAUCCGGCGAGAUUGGAUCCAGUUUGUUCACCGGCGGAUUGCUUCCUCCUUCUCCGCGUAGACCUGACGACGAAGACGACGAAGAAGAUGGAAACUAUGCCAUCGUGUCAAAGAUUUUAAGCGACGGAACGGCGAUUACGAAGCGGAUUGAUUCACCGGACCCGUGCAGAGAUUUCGGAAGGUCAAUGAGAGAGAUGGUGGAAGCUAGAGAUCCGACGAGAGACGACGACGCCUCCUCCGAUAGAGAAUACUUGAACGAGCUCCUCUUCUGUUACCUCUCCUUGAAUCCAAGACACACUCACAAGUUCAUCGUCUCUGCUUUCGCCGAUACACUCCUCUGGUUACUUUCUCAGUCGUCAUCGCCGGAAAAUUCUUUAUCCCAAUCGAUCUAA